GUUCUCUCAGAGAGUUUUGCGCAUACUGUACUGCGCUCGGCGCGGUCAACUUAAAUAUCUAAGGCAACAUUAAAAAAUAAACGCACAUACCCUUUAUCUAAGUGCAUUUUUUUAAAAGUGCAAUAACACAUUAAAAUAAGAAAAAUAAAAUAUAAUUAAAUUAUUUUAUCGUCGAUUCAGUGCGAUUUUUACGUUUUGUCUAAGUGAUAAUUUAGAUAUCAGUGAAAUAGUGAAUAAAGUUGUAUGAUUUUAUCUAAUUAGUGAAAUAUCAAACCUGAGGAAAUAUACAACACAGAAAAUCUACUUCUAAUUGGAUAUUUUCUUAUUUGGAUUUAUCAGCGUCUACCUAUACCGUUUCUACAAAGAAUGCACAAAAGGAAUUAACGCCACUAUACACAGAGGACCAAUUAUACUUUUGCUUCAAUGAAUAUGGAAAUGAGUAAUUUUUCUUCAAAAAAGUUGUCCCGCGAAGAACGUAGAUAUUCUGUACCGCACGGACCAAACACACCUUUACCACCAGCCGCAUCAGAAGACCUCCACGCAUGGUCAAUCUACAGACAAAAUCUUAAUUCAGACUUCACCGAUUCUGCCCUUGGUUCAUCCGAUAAAUCCCCGCUGCCAUAUGGAAACUUCCAGCUACGCGAUACGACUGUCCAAUCAAUUCUUAACCAUCCACGGUACGGUCCAAAAUCACCCUUAGGUUCAAAUAUGUAUACGUACCUUAAGUUUGGCCUGCCUCGAGUCUUCCCUCCAAAUGCCGGCUCACAAAGAUCUCAUCGGCCUGGUCCGGGUCCGGGGAGGGGGCGGAUAAAUCGAGGUUUCAGAGAUAGCUCAGGCCCACCUGCAGGUUCGUCAGGAUAUGACAGCAGUGACAAUGAGACAACGAGAAGUAGAGUGCCACCAAAUUUAAGAAAAUACCGUAGUGAAUCAGACUUUAGAGCUAUCGGAGGAAUUCCAACACCACGGCCAGAUUCAAGAGCACAGGGCGUUCCAAUUGCUGCCUUACGACAAGCCAAUAGUCGAGCUAGUAUAGCGGUUGGGAACCAUGUCAAUUCACAUUAUAUCCCUAAUGGUAAGCACUACGGAAACCGUUCGCAUAGUGAAGCGGACCUUCUUGGUGCCGAUAUGGGAACAUAUGGCGACUACGACUCCCGAACUUACACAACCAAUCGUAGUCGUAUGGAAAACCAUCAUCAUCACAACCAGCACAAUCAGAACCACAAUCAGCACAAUUCACACCAUCAUGCACACACAAUGUCAAAUCGAAAACAUUCCAGCUUAGGUUUGGUGUAUCCCAAUAUUCAGGUGCAUUGCUUGGAUGUGAAUCCAGGCUUGCGAGGAGUUUCCUUGCAGGCAAAGGCCGGAGACUUAUUUGCAAUAAUGGCGACUUCCCAGCCAGAAGGAACCGCACUCACCGAAUGUCUGGCGGGACUGAGGGAACGUAUUUCCGGCGAGGUUCUUGUAAAUGGACAACAAAUAAAUAGGCGCGGCUUGAGGGAGUUGUGCAGUUAUGUCCCAGCCCUAGAAAGUUCAUCACUUGAUCCUCGUAUGAGCGUGCAGUGUACGCUAAAUUUUCAUGCAGCACUACGGGGGCCGAUUGAUCGCAGUGAUUUCAAAGAAAAGAUGGAUAUUCUCAUAGAAGAUCUUGGACUCACAACUUUCCGCGCAUCAAAUAUAUCCUCAUUGACACAUUCGGAGAAGCAAAGACUUAGCGUAGCUUGUCAGCUGCUGGCUCAAUCUUCGAUACUUAUUCUAGAUCAAGUAACGAGCAACAUGGACAUUUUCGAUACGUUCUUUUUAGUCGAAUAUCUUCGACAAUGGUGCAGUGGUGGCAGAAUAGUUAUAAUGACUCUUCAGCCGCCCACUUUUGAGAUUCUUUCAAUGUGCUCUGGUGUUCUUUUGCUUUCUGGCGGUAGGACAGUUUUUUCUGGCAGUAGAUCAGAUCUACCACGUCAUAUGGGCAAUCUUGGUUAUCCUUGUCCACCAUUUAAAAAUCCAGCUGAUUAUUAUUUGGACUUGGUGACGCUUGACGAUUUGUCUGCCGCGGCCAUGUUAGAAUCAUCAGCCCGUAUUGAGUCCUUGGCAAACUCUUGGGAUCAAAUCAAUUCGGAGCCACCUCUGGCUGCACCGCCUGCUUCACUUCCGGCUUUUACACGAAAAGCCGGAUUCAUGGGACAAGUGAAAGCUUUGAUAAAGCGUUUUGCUGCAUAUAAACAACCGGGAUCGUUGCUUACAUGGAUAAGCAAGCUUAUAGCUGCAGCUGUUCUGUCGCUUUGCAUAGGUUGUAUAUUCUGGGAUGUGCCUGCAUCAGAUCCACAACUCACUUACAAUGACCGCUUUGGUUAUCACCAUUGCAUAAUGGCGGUGGCAUAUUGGCCGCUUCUCAUGCUCACAAUCAGAGAUGCUCAAGAUGACCGAAAGCACGUUGAGCGAGAUAUUCGACUGGGGAUGUAUUCAAGAGAACUUUAUAUAACAAUUCAGUGCUUCAUGGGCCUGUUUCCAAGCUUGUGUAUAUGGUUGGCAUAUCUCCUUCCCGCACAUAGUAUGGCUGGACUGUACACCUACUCAACAAGCAGUGACACUGGAAUUUAUUUGUACAUGGGAUUCAUGCUCACAUAUCUUACCGUAAUUCAAACUUUGGCAAUCUUCUGUGCCCAUCUGUUUCCAACGAAAAUGUCCGCCACUGUUCUGAAUGUCCUUCUUACACUGGCCCUAACAGCUGUUGGUGGAUAUUCAAUACAUUCGAGGAAUGUUUCAAAAAUGUGGCAUUGGCUGCAGUUAAUUUCACCACAGAAAUGGCUCUUACCGGUUCUGGUGGCCGAUGAAUAUAGCCCUGAGACAUUGACCAAUUCAGCUGGACUUCAGCUUUGCCGAAAUAAACAGGUUCAACAUCAGGAAAUUAUUGUCCAACAACCAUGUCCAACACCAAAUGGAACACAAGUGCUAGUCGAUUUUCAGCUACUACCACAAAAUCACGUUCUUGAUCCAUCGAAUAUGGAAGAAACAACAUUUAUUGCUUUAAUUUUAUCAUCUGUAAUACUCUUCGUGUUUACAUUCAUUAUUUUUAGUGUCAACUGUAGAAGAAUUUUUAAACGUGGACCAAGGAAAACGUAUUGAAAGAGGAGAGGAGACGUUUAUGAUUAAGAACUAAAAACAAAAAAGCAAAUAUUUUUGUAUGAAUAAUUUUUAUAGAAUACUAAUUGUUAGGGCCUACAAAACAUCACAUUAGAAAAUAAAAAUAAAAACAAAAAUAAAUAAAAGAA